AUGAGAUAUAAGACAUAUUUGUAUAUAUCAUUAUUCAUACUAAUUGGAUAUGUGAGAUGUGCAGAUAAACCUACCCCAGAUGAAGAUGAUGAAGAUACAUUUGAUGUAUCAGAUCUAACUGAAUUUAUUGACCAACAACCUUCUUUCCAGAUUAAUAUUGAAAAUAUACCUUAUCAAAAUUAUCAACAAUUAACAAGGUCUGCUUAUCAAAUUAUUACACAAGAAAAAGAACAGAAAGAACCUCUUGAUUUAUCAAAAAAAGACAAACAGCCUACACAACCUCAAACUAGUAAGACUCCUGAAACUGGACAACCUACUCAUCGUAUUUAUCAACCUACACCAAUUUAUCCUACACCUCAACAACCUUAUCAGAUUGGACAAACAGGAGCAUUUAGACCAUAUCAACGUGAACUAGCAAGUUAUCAAAUACCUCAAGGUCCUUAUCAACUACCUCAAGGUCCUUAUCAACUACCUCAAGGUCCUUAUCAACAAUAUUUACCUUAUGGUACUUAUAAACCAGCAGGUGGUUAUGGUACACAACAACCUCAAGGUCCUUAUGAACAGUAUCCACCAUUUCAACCAUAUCAACCAAUACAACAUUAUGUACCUCCAACAGAUCAAUCUGUACAACCUACACAACAACUCACUGAACCUACUCCACUAGUUCAACCGUAUCAACCUGUACCUUAUGAACAACCAGAAUCUCAGUAUCAACCACAACUUACUGAACCACCUACACAACAACAACCUCAAUAUCAACCACAACCUCAAUAUCAACAAUACCAACCAUACCAACAAUACCAACCAUACCUACCUUAUCAACCAUAUCAGCCACCUCAGCCACAACCUCAAUAUCAACAGUAUGAACCAUACCAACCUUACCCACCUGCUCCUUAUGUACAGUAUCCACAACCUACACAACCAUAUGGACCUACUCCACAAUAUCAACCUUACCAACCAUACCAGCCUCCAAUGGAUCAAUCUGCACAACCUGAAUCAGAUGAACCUGGUGAUAGAUCAGAUGAACCUGGUGAUAAGCGAGAUAAGCGAGAUAGGUCAGGAGAUGAAGAAGAACGACCUAGUAAAAGAAGAAAGAUUAGAGCACCUAGAAGAUGUAAAGAAGUCAAAUUCUUAAAGAAGAAUCCUGAAGGAAAUCUGAUUGAAAUGAUAAGAAAUGAUUAUAAUAUUAGAUAUAAUGAUAGAGAUAAAUUCAAAUGUGACUUUAAGGUAAAUCUUGAGGGAAUUGUCUGUGACAGUCAUGUUAUUUAUGAACAUUUAGAAGGAACUCCCUAUUGUUCCACAUUAACCCACAGCAAAAGAAAUGACAUUUUUGUCAUAAAUAAUCUUUCUAUAUUUAUAUUAAUUAAGAGAACUGAAGAUUCAUGGAAAACAACUGUAAAAGAACUUCCAAGUAAUAUCAAGUUGUAUGGCGAAGAUUCUGAGGGUUCUGAAAUUGAUUUGAAAAGAGAAGAUUAUUCUGUUAGUUUUACUUCACAUGGAUCUUUUAAAUAUUUAAUUUCACCAGAUAAAAGGUGUACUAAAAUUAUAGUUGAAGGCAUAGUUGUUUGGGAAAAAACUGAAGAAUAUGGGCAUCCAAUAGCAAUUUAUGUUACUCCUAGAUUGGAUGUUUUAAUUAACUUUAACGGAUAUAACAUAUUGUUAGGAAGGAGGUCUACUAGAUAUAAAUUGGUUUUCAAAAAAAAUAGUACGGGAAAAGCUAAAUAUACCUAA